AUGGCGCACGUGACAGACGUCUUGGAUCUCUUGAGGAACCCUCAGCCCUUUUGUAGGCGAAACCCGGGGGUCCUGAAAAUUUCUCAUGAAAAGCUGAGGCAUUUUCAGUCCCUCUCAGCGACGGAGCCUCAGCAAGCUCUGAGCCAAAUCCGGGAGCACUGUUGUCAGUGGCUGCAGCCGGAGACCCACACCAAGGAGCAGAUGAUGGAGCUCCUGGUGAUGGAGCAGUUUCUGAGCACCCUGCCCCAGGAGGUUCAGACGUGGGUGAGAUCCAGGCGACCCAGGAACAGCAAGGAGGCAGGAACCCUGGUGGCCAACUUGCUCCAAGCAUGUGGGGAGGAAGAUUUCCCUGCUCAGGACCCCAUCCUCGCAGAAGAGAGGAAGGCCGAAGAACACCGAAAGGAGGAACCAAACACAUGUGACGAUUUGCCCUCUGCUGGAUGCCAAUUUCUGGGUUUCCAGCAUCUGUGAUUGUUGUUUUAGGAGUUGGUGACUUUCCAGGAUGUGUUUGUGGACUUCAGCCCGGAGGAACUGACCUCCCUGAGUGCUGCUCAGCGGCGCCUCCACCGGGAGGUGACGCUGGAGAAUUACAGGAGCCUGGUGUCCCUAGGGUACCGGUUUCCUAGACCCGACAUCAUCGCACAGCUGGAAGAGGAGGAGUCCGGUGCGAUGGAGGAAGAUGGCGAUACAAAGACAGGUCCCACGGGGGAGUCUUCUCCUGACGAUCCACUGGAUUCGAAUCAGGUCAACGAGGAGAAACCCCGGUGCCUUGUCAUGGCGAGUGAGCCCAAGACCCUCGCUCCGGAAAGGAGCCUCGCCAGUGACGAAUUUGAGAGACGUUCAGAUCUUCCGGAACCACCGGGGGGUCCGCUGGGAAUGGACCCCCGGGAAUGUUCUGCUCCCGGGGUGGGCACCCCUCCCCCGCCGGUGGUCAGCAAGCCUUCCCCCCAAGAGACCAGCAUCCACAAAUGUGAAUUUUGCCGAAGAACCUUCAGUACCCGAAUGGCCCUUAAGAGUCACGAGCAGGUUCACACUGGGAAGAAACCCCAUCAAGGUAAGCAAUUCGGAGAAGGCCUCCUCCUCGUGCCGUGCCUCAGCGGACGUCAGGGCACGCCUUCCGGCGACCAGCCGCCCGGGGCGUCUCUCACCCGGUUCCCAAGUGUCCGUGUGAGAGUCUCUGAUCCGCAGGACUACUACGAGUGUGUCCACUGCGGCAGGGCUUUCGUCCAAGACGUGCACCUUCGUCAGCACCUCCAAGCCCACGAGGCGGCGAAAGCCCUCCCGCCGGCGUUGCCCCGCCGCCGGACACACCUCAUUCGCUACCGGCAGAAGCACGACUAUGUCGGGGAGAGAGCCCUCCAGUGCUGCGACUGCAGCAAAGCCUUCAGCCAGAGCUCCCACCUCGUCUCGCACUACCGGAUCCACGCGCAGGAGAGGCCCUUCCAGUGCCGGCUGUGUUGGAAGUGUUUCAGCCGACCCUCGCAGCUCACGCAGCACUACCAGCUCCAUUCCCGGGAGGAAUCCGGAGAGCGCAAAUGCUGUUGA